AGACACCGAUGUAAUUUCGCGUCGUCCCUUUUGACCCAUUUGGCUUUCCGUACCGAUGAGACGCUGUAGCACGCUGAUGUGUCAAAAUGGCAGAGAUGACAACACUAGAGAGUCUUCUGGAGAUGGGCUUUGGCCGAAACAGAGCGGAGAAAGCUGUUGCUAAUACAGGAAACCAGGGGAUAGAGCAAGCUAUGGACUGGCUAGUGGAACACGAGAACGACCCGGACAUCGACGAGCCUUACGUUCCUCCUGUGGGGAACGUCUUAGGAGGAGAGGCAGACGGUGAGCCCAGCACAGACGAGCCGACAGCAGGGGACGCCGGCGAAGCAAUCGGAGAGGGAGCCGACAUGUGCGGCGACGACUCGGACGCCUCGAAGCAGCCGAUGACUGAGGAGGAGAAACGUGAACAGGUCAAAAGACUAGAGGAGCUGAUGCGUCUGAAGCAGGCGGAGAGGAGAGAGCGCGAGCGAGCCGAGGAGGUGGAGCGGGAGAAGCAGCGGAGGAGGCAGGGCCAGGAGCUGCAGCAGAUCCGGCAGAAGAUCCAGGACGAUGAGAUGAAGAAACUGGCAGACCAGCGGAGGAGGGAGAAGAUGGAGGACAAGAUGGCUAGGCAAAGGGUUAAAGACAAAAUCGCACGAGACCGAGAGGAGAGAGCACAAAAGUUUGGAGGAGGCGCACCUUCCAGCACAGCGACAGCGACUCAGCCGACCCCGCCCAGCCCGUCGUCACCCCCCGGCCAGGGCCCCCCGCCCACAAAGAAGGAGUAUGAUGAGUCCAGGAUACAGGUCCGUCUGCUGGACGGCUCCACCAUCAACACGGUCUUCAAGGCCCAGGAGCCGCUGGCGGCGGUGCGCGUCUACGUGCAGGUGAACGGCAACACGCCCGAGGGUCAGGACUUCACGCUGCUGUCGCCUUACCCGCGCCACGUUUACACUGAACUGGACAUGGAGAAGCCUCUCAAAGAGCUGGGUUUGGUGCCUUCAGCUGUGCUGGUCGUCGCCAAAAAGGGAGACGGAUCCGCUCUGUGAGCCUACCUCAGCGCUACCACGACACCAGAAUCGCCCGAGACGGACGGAUCCAGGAGCAGAGCCGCCAUCCGCUAGUAUCACUCAAUAAGCCAGCUGCCUGAACUUAAGCAGAGACGAUGCGAAGCUGCAUUCAGACACGUCUGAGCUCCUCAGACAUGGAUGUGGGUUUGCUUUGUAAAGACUGACUGAAUGCAGCUUCGGUUCUGCCACAGAAUCGCUUAGACUGCCGCCGGCAUCGACCUGGACCUCGAGCUCCGCUGAUUGAACUGAAGAUGGCUGGCUUCUUCUGACUGAUACUUCCUCAACGAUCUCUGCUUGUGGUUUCUACACAUUUAUAACAAAAAUAAUACACUGAACGAAGUCCUUAAGUUUUAACUCUACCCCUGAAUUGUUAAAGAACGUCUACUAAAGUGGUUCUGAAAGGACCUUAAGUUUAAUACCUGCAAUCUUCCUGAUUUUGUGCCAUUUACUUUGUCUUUUUUUUUUUUUUUUAAACAAGUUCAGAUUUGCUGAAAGCCGUGUGCACGGAGAAAAAACGAUUACAAUAAAGCUGGCUGGAGAUAAUUGAGUCUAUGUACUGGAUUUUUAUAAAUUAUUUUAUCCUUUUUUCUUAAUAUUUUGUAAAACCAAAUCUAAUGAUGGUAGAAAAACGAUGCAGCUAAAGGUUUGUCUUCCUGAAAAUACUCGCAAUAUCGUCUGAAAAUUCACUAUUUAAAUGUGUUUAUAUAGUCGGUGAAAGCUGUCGCGUCAUUUAUCAUAGAUCGCUAUAUUGCUGUUUGUUGUGUAAUCAGCUUUAAUCUGGAAGUUGUGGAUAAAAAAGGCCACUUCAGCAAAUGUGAAACCCUGAACUCUGUACAGUUAUAUUAAAGGACUCCGUCCAAAAUAUUUGGCACCACUGGUA